GACCGUGGGGCGGGGCAGGGCAGUCAGCUGACCUGCUGUGAAGAAGAAGAAGAAGAAGUGGAAGUAGAAGAAGAAGAGGGUUUGGGAGCUGUUGUGGCCUAGUAGUGUUGGUGUCGCCAUGGCCAGCCAGUCGCAGGGUAUCCAGCAACUGCUGCAGGCAGAGAAGCGCGCCGCCGAGAAGGUUUCUGAGGCCCGCAAACGAAAGAACCGGAGACUGAAGCAAGCAAAAGAAGAAGCUCAGGCUGAGAUUGAGCAGUACCGACUGCAGAGGGAGAAAGAGUUUAAAGCCAAAGAAGCUGCGGCUCUUGGUAGCCAUGGCAGUUGCAGCUCUGAAGUAGAGAAGGAAACCUUGGAGAAGAUGUCUGUCCUCCAGAUCCACUUCCAGAAGAACAGGGAGGAAGUCCUGGAAAACCUGUUGGCUUUUGUGUGUGACAUCCAUCCAGAAAUUCAUGAAAACUACCGCAUAAAUGGGUAGACUGAAAGAAAGAAGCUUAUGUUCGAUAGAUAGGUUGGCAGCUAAGUUGCCCUACUGUGGAAUGGGAAGCUUUAGCCAUGCUGCAAUUAACAUUCUUGUAUAAAGAUUUUAAAUUAUUUCUGUAUAGAAUUUGGUUUGGUACUUCAGUCUUUUGGAGACUAGAGAAUCUUAGCUUCAUACAGACUGAAAGCUCAUCCAAAGAGUUAAUAUUCUUAUCUCUUAUUUCAUACUAAUUCAUUUAGUGAGUACAGCUUUUUUGUGCCUUUUAGUUGGUAGUCUGGAGAAUGUUACGCUGCUUCCUAGAUGGUUUUAGUGUUGAAGAAAAUUCUUUUAAGAAAGGAAUUAAUUGUAUACAGUUCUAUGUAGCAUUCUCAAGGGCUUCUUUAUUGUAAACAUCAAUUAAGCAUUGGGAAGUAAUGGACAUCCCUAACUAGAUGGGUUUUAGCAUAAUAAUGUUGCUGGUACAGCCACUUAGGAUCCUUUGAGUUACCUUUGAUGGAGCCAACUGAACUCUGGUGCUUAUGAAUACCUUGUUAAAUUUAGUAACAGAUGGUUAUUUCAAAGUAAAGACUAUUUAACAUAAGUGCUCCUUAGCUUGCAUCUUUUCCUUUGGCUCACACUUUUUUAAACAAAUAGUCCACAAAAGCCAGUUGCUCUAUAACACAUUGCUUGGGAAAUUAAUAGUCCUCAAAACCUUCACAAAAUGUGCGUUGUGGGCACUGUUGGCCAGGGGAGGAAGAGUAAUUUGUUCUAACGUUAAGUAGCACAUGUUAAUCUAUUGGUCUUUUCUCAGGUGUCCCCCAUGAUACUGACUUGAUGUCUUAUUAAUUUGCAAAGUGGUUUCUAGUGUUCAAGAUGUUUAAAGCCUAUAGCAGCCUCAUGCCAUCUACAGGCAUAUAAGUGAAUUAUGUGUAGACCACUGAAGUCCAUCAAAUAUUGACCUUCUGCACUGUGCUCAGCAUUGUGUUGGGUGUGGUGAGGUAGCCACUGAGCUUAUAGGUACAAAAGGAGAAGAUACCAGUUAAUUCUUAAGGAUCUCGUAGUCUAUUCUUUUGCUAUUGCUAAGCUUUUUCAUUGAAGGAUAAUGCACUGGAAUACAUUGGGAUUUCUUAAGAAAAACUGAGCCAUUCUUCUGCCAGGGGAAGGUUAUUACAUUAGUAGCAUCUUCACAAAUCUCAGGGGUUUUAGAAGCAUCACUGGUGCAAGUAAACUUGGGACCUAAGUUUAUAAGACAUGAUAACUUUAGAUCUGCCCAUAGCAUUUAUUUUCCAGUUCCCCUGGAGAGAACUCAAUUAGGUAACCCUUUCCAGCUUUGUGAUUCUCUAGAAAGGGUCACACUGUCUUAAAUGAGUGUUGUAUAGAUAGAUAGACCCCUGAAUCAUUUGAAAGUAGUUGUACUGUAGUUUGGCCAAUAGUUUAGUGAUAGGGGCUGGACCUCUCAUUCUUAUUAAUAUUGGGAAUCCCUGGUGAAGAAACUCCUAGAAAUGCAGUGACCCUUCUCAGAUUUCCACCUUUUGCCAUUUAAUAACUUUUACUUCUCAUUCUCCUUAAAGACCACUUUUUUAAAAGAUACCCCUUCCCCAAAAAAAAGAAAUCUAAAGGAAAGGCAUCAUAUUCAGUCUCUUUGAGAUCUGCUGACUGCCAUGAUUCGGUACCUCUUUAUGUGGUUGCUUUGUUCUUUAGCAGACUACAUUUAACCUGCCUUCCCACAGGAUGAAUUCAAAGAAAUGUUGACGCAAAAUUCAGAAUGAACACUCAUUUACUAUCACCUCUUCCAAACCUUGGCCACCCUAAUUCAUUUAUAUCUCCCUUUUCAUGUGUUAGAUACCUCAAAGAAAAUUGAAAAAACCCUUGAUCCUAAGCCCACAUAUUCAUUUGACCAUCUUGGGAGCCGUUCAAGAUGGUGUGGAUCUAAAUCUUCAGGUGGCAUGGUUACCUAUCUCUCCCAAUGACAUAAGCUCCGGUACAGCUAUACAGUCUGGAAACUGCCCUUUUCCACCUAGGACAGGAAAGCUUGUCUGUUAUCAACUCUUUAUUCAACUAUGGCUGGGUAGAGGGACUACACUGGACUUAAUGCUUUACUUCUCUGCUGUCAUUCCAACCCUGCUGCUUAUUGGGUGGAUGUUAUGACACACCUUUCUGUAUUGAUUAAUCUGCAUUUUUUGUAUCGGUAGUGAUUGACUUUGAUAUGGAUGAGUUGACUUUAAUGUGUUCACAUUUAUAUGGCACUUGCUUUGAAAUCUUUUGUAGGUAAUGCAAUUAUUAGUAUUUUCAGUUGAGGGAACCAAGGCUUAGAGAAGGUAAUUGGUGGGAAAUCAAUCCUGUGCAACAAUCUAAUUUUAAUAGUGGUUACCAUACUUUUAGCUAACUAUUCUUUUUGUACCCAGUGCCUGACAUCUGUGCAAAAAUAGUAAAAGUAAAUGACUAAUAAAUGCUUUUUAAACCUA